AUGAAAAAAUUAUUUAUUAUAUAUUUUACACUUUCUAAUAUAUCUUUUGUUUAUAAUUGUUCAGCUUCACAUGCCAAAAAUAAUAAUAUUGUUAAUAAUGUUAUAACUUCAACAACAGAUUAUUAUGAUGAUGAAACUGUUACAGAUAUCGUAACAUCUACCACUACUGAUAUCACAUCUACAACAAUAAGACCUUGUAAUAGUUGUUUACCAUUAAUUCAUACAAUGAAUAAUGCUGGAAGUAUUAAUUUUAAAGAGACAAAUUAUAUAAAUGCUGAUACAGGAUGUGGUACAAUAAUUAUUGAAUGUUCAACAACUGUAGCUGGGGAAACUGUAUCUUUUUACUAUGAAAAUGACUUAACAGCUGAUACAAAUAAUCUUGCCUCCAUUGAAAGAGUAUUAAAUUGUGAUGAAAAUGGUAAUUGGCAAAGUGACAUUUCUGGAGGAACUGUCACUUCAGUAGAAUGUAUUUCAGGAUAA